AUGCAAACAUCUGGAAUUAUGAGCCAGAGCUCUGUCCGCCGCAACCUCUUCCAUGGGAAUCUCAGCCGCCGACCUGCUUCCGCAGGACCACCCAAUGGUGCAGUCCCUCAAAACCACAACGGCCUUUCCAAUCGCCCGUCGCACCGGCUGAAGCCUACAUCCUCCGACUCGGGGCCACAUACUCGACCAUUCAAACCUGUGGAGAAUAAAGAUAUUGUGGUUCGGGACAAGAAUGGCAGCUACAAGCUUGAGAUUCCGACAUUGCCGCAGGCUCUGGUUGGAGAGGAUGGAGAGGAGCUGGCCGAACUUGCCCCGGAGGAUGGAGGGUUCGAUUCUUCGGACCUGGCUGGGCGGGACAAAGAGAGCAUGUUUUUGACAUUGUACUGUUGA